ACCCAGAAAAUCCUCACAAUGUGUGACCUGUUCCUGGGAAUGUGGAAACUCAGCUCCAGUGAAAAAUUUGAUGACUACAUGAAAGAGCUGGGUGUGAGUUUAGCCACCAGGAAACUGGGCAGCCUAACCAAACCCACUGUGACUAUCAGCAUUGAUGGGGAUGUGCUAACAAUCCAAACCAAGAGCACUUUCAAAAGCACGGAGGUCUCCUUCAAGCUUGGGGAGGAAUUUGAGGAAACUACAGCAGAUGACAGAAAAACAAAGAGUAUUGUAACCUUAGAUGAUGGCUCACUGACUCAGGUGCAGAAGUGGAAUGGCAAGGAGACCACAAUAAAAAGAAGAUUAGUGGAUGGGAAGAUGGUGGUGGAAUGUACCAUGAACAACAUCACAUGCAUCAGAAUAUAUGAGAAAGCAAAAGGACAUUAAUCCCAGCUCACUGGACUAGAAACUCACUGAGAUGGCUCUUGACAAGAAAGCUCCAGUACAAAUUUCUGUUUCCAACUCAAGUGUGU